GAAUAGCGCAAAUGCAGAAAAAACCUAUUACAAAUAAGUUUUUACAAAUGAUGACUCGUAGCAAAAAAUCAAAUGAAAAAGAGCAAGCAGGUUUGCAUAGAAAUUCACGCGAACAAACACCUGCUUUCGAGAAAGACCAAGAAACUUUAUCAACCAACCUAUCAAUAAAUGAUGUUAACAUGAAGCGGAGAAAAUCAAUCAAAUCGUUAACAAGUGACAUAGAUAUAGGGUGCAGAAAAUCAACUGAACGAGAGUCCGUAGACAUGGAACUCAACAAUGAUUAUUUUGAUAAUACCUUCGGAGACUCUGAAAAAGAUCAUGGUUCAAUUGCUACUAAAAUUUUGAUAACCUCACAAGGACCU